UUCUGCCGGCACCAACCGUUUCUUCCUGCACGGUCGCUGUGGACAACAGAACUCCCCCCACACUUCCCGCACGAACUCUUCCUAUCCGACACCAAACGCACUGCCUUGUCCUGGCUUGUGUAAACACAAAGGGCUGCAGUCACUCAUCCACCCUUUUCCUUUUCGCUGCCUCUUUCCCAGGGUUCUGCACCGGUUUUGACAGCUGGCAGAUAUUGUUGAAUAGUCUGUUCGCCUAUUGUGCUCUGGUAAGGGGAGAGCGCGGCAAGGAGACUGCAUUAUCGCAGGAGGCGUUGGUGUGGGCGCAAGGAUCCUGGAAUAAGGAUUUCGGACUUCCAUUCCAAAGUUCACAGAGUGCCUGGAGAGUAUCAAUAUGCUGCACAACAGCAUUAUUUUUGUGUAUGUUAUUUCUUCUUUUGUAAUGGAAUCAAAAAUUACAGCUCUUGGAGUUACAGAACAUGAGGUACCUCGGGCCACCAGUCCCUCAUUUGAAUCAGAUGUAACUGGUCUCAUCCACUUAACCACCACAAGUCACCAGGGAUUUGGACUGAAGCUACCUCUGGCAUCAUCGGGAUUGCCUCCAGAAACAGAAAGUAAUGUGAAUCCUUUGCUGCACUCUCAGAUGUCAACACCGCCUGAACAAAGGCAGGCUAGUAUAAGUUCACCGUUGAUGGAUUGGGUGCCUAUGGAACUACCUGUUGAAAGGGACACGGCUACAGAGCCAUUGUUAGUACCACACAUCAGGUUAAAGUCUGAUGAUAACUCUGAAAAUGUUGAAUCAUUCAACCAAGAUGAUAUUGGCUCUCCCAAAAACACUGAACAACUGCAAGCUGCCACAUUUUCAAAUGAAAACCAGAGAGAUGUCCCAGUUGUCAUGAAAAGUCUUAGAGGAGCCAUUCCUACUGGUCAUCCAGAAAUCAUGAACAAACCUAGCAAUUCCACUGACAUUUCCAUUCAAAACCUGUCCACUGUUGGAUUGCAUCCAAUGGGAUCCUUGGCUACAUCACUCUUUUCCCUGAUGUAUCCUGCAACGUCGGGAACCACUCAUGAAUCUCUACAAGAAAGAUCAAUGAUGCCAAUCUAUACCUUCCCUAAUUCUCAAAAAAGACCAGCCACAGUAAGACCAAUCAUCACCACUCAAAGUACUGAGGUGCUAACCAAGAUCAAGCCACGAAUUCAAAUGGCCUCUGACCUUUGGAACAAUGACCACUCUGUGCUUUUUACAGUGUCUGAACUGCCACCUGGAAUAUUGAGUCCUUCCUCAAAAAAUGUUACCCAUCAGACUGUCACAUCAGCCAAUGACAAAUCCAACAAUGGAUUGUCAACAUUAAAAGCAACACCCUUGGGCAUUACCCAGUUCAACAAAGAUGUGGUGUCGAUAAAUACUGCAGCUCCGAGUAAUACAUUGGGAAGGAGCGAACCGAUCAGCAAAUCACAUCUUACCAGCUCUUCUGACAAAUGGAAAUUGGAUUAUUUAUUCAUAACAUUGCUUUCUUCUACUCCAGCCUACCAAACUCAACAAAUGAAGGUUGAUGAGCAGCCAGGAAUAGCAACAGUGCCAAUGGAAACUGUGUCCACAUAUGAUGCCUCUGCUACCCCCGAGCUGAUCACCGACAUGGGAAACCGUGACACAGUCAGCAGUCCACAAACUUCCACCCCAGCCACCUCUUGGACAAUGCCAACAGAAUUCACAGAUUCUAUUGUUGGAGAUGAAAAUUCUUCUGGCAUAGGAUCUCCAGCAGCACCCACUGUAUCGAGCUACAGCCCAAAACGAAACUGCAGUUCAUGCAAAGAUUGGAGCUCCGUUUACCCUGAUGUCGAAGGAACCCAGGACACAUCUUUCGAUCCACAUUUCUUAGUUGUCCCUCCAUUGUUUGUGAUCCUCCACACAGACUGGAACACAGCACUGGCUGAAUGGGGCUUGGCUUGGGACCUCCAUGUUUAUGGACUAGGUUCAGCUUUUGGCUUUGCAGGAGUCAUGUCUGCACUUGGUAUCCUCUGUCUCCCCUUCAGAUCGCCAUCAGGCUUCGGUUAUUUCAUGGUUCUGAAUGGAUUGCUUUUCCUGACGAGCUCAACUAGAACUUUCACUUUCCUUUAUGAUGCCUACUGUUACCAGGACAAAUUACCUGCAACUGUUGCCUUACUUCUCUAUGACUUGGUCUUUCCUUGUCUUACUUCUGCCUUUGGAGUCAUAAUCUUGGUUCUGUCCCUGAGACCUGGCAUGCAGGUUGUGGCAUCAAGAUUCAAGCGAUCAUGCCUACUAAUUGCUCUAGUCUUUCUCCACUUCACGCUUAGCGUGAGCAUAAUUCUGGUCAUCACUCUGCUAAAGCAAGCUCCCUUCCUCCUCUUUGUAUCACACGGAAGUUUUGUGGUAUUGGUGACUAUUCUAUCCAUCCUGUUUUUUGCAGUCUACUGUCACAUCCAUGUAGUUGACAUGCAUGUUUAUAAUGUGAAGUCCUCAGCACAUUCCAUGGAAGCCUUCAACACCCAUCCCUUUGGAGACAUUGAGCAUUGGGGAAGGAUGGCCAAGUUAGCCAUGUGGACUGCAGUAUUUGGCUUGUGCUGUGCUGCAUUUCAGUUAUAUGCUAUUCUGUAUGGACUUGGCUUGGCUGGAGAUCAUGUUUUCCAGCCUUGGCCUUGGUGGAUUUUCCAGUUUGGCACCAGUUUGUGUGAGGUGGGGAUGUCUCUCACCAUGUCCAUUAUUGGUAUCUACCCUUUGUUUUGCAACAAUAAACUGACAGAUCAUAACUGUUGCACCAAAAUGUUCUGCCUUUCCCCAAAUCAUGCUUCCAUGAAAGCCCCUAUACUCGCCAACACCUACCAGUGGUCUACCUCCCAUCAGGCGAAGCCACUAAGCUGUGACGCGAUUGUUCGAAGUGAAUCCGAAUGUCUGCCGCUCUACACAAUGUCUGACAACCAACUGAGCAGUGGUGAGGAUAUCAACUUGAUCUAUCACAGCAGUGAGAUAAAAAAUCUGGACUUCCAUUUAAAGCAUGGCAGAUCCUCCAGGACUUCCUCCUUCAUCAGUGUUCGGGUGGACAGCGAUUCCACUGUUGACCUGAGACCCCCUUCUCCCAUUAACCUAAGGCGCAGUAUAGAUGAGGCUCUUUUCAGUGAGGCCCUAAUUCCUGAAGGUCUCUUCCAUUGGUCAAGGCUACACAGCUCCAGCAAUAUGUCCCUCUGUGAGAACAGGUCUCUGCCGAGCAGCAGUGAAGUCUUCAAGGAGAAGGCAGCAGAUAGAGGGCUAUAUCGGACAUCAUCUUGCGCUGGGAUAGAGAGACCAGAGGUUGGCAGGGGAAUCGCCAGCACCUUUAGGAAACUCAAUGUGAUCCGUGCCUUGUCUGUUGAUAGAUGGGAAGACAGUUCUGCGAGUUCAGUCUGCAGAAUGUCCCAGGGAGGAUCCUCGCUGGCACUUUGCUCCAACCCAGAAAGGCGGGGCUUCCCAUCCAUCAGCUCUGAGCAUAAAUAUUUCAGGAACUCCUCUCAAAUAAGUCUUCCCCAGAUUCCGAGCCAGUUCCAGGCUCCACCCGCACCAGAGGACAUGGACAAUAAUGAUCUCCCAGAUUCAGCAACACAAGCCGAAUUCAUGAAGAUCUGCAGGCAAAUUGACCAGCUGAGUAUUAGCAGUGACACAAUUGAAUUGUGAGUCUGGCACUGGGACAGUUUCUGGUCUGUGCUCUUUCUACCCUGCCACCUAUUUAAUAUUUGGAGAUGCUUUUAAGGAUGUGUACCUCCAGAAAUGAAGAUGUGCAAUGCUUCCAACCAAAAGAUCAGAAAUUGCUGGGCUCAGAACUAAAAGGGCAUGAAAUUGAUCUUGAGUGGCAGCUAAAGAUGAGAAUCCGGAUUGUGUUUCACGCCCUUCAUUACUCUGGAUGGGAAAGAAUACCAAGUGUAAGGCGUAAUGCAAGCUAAAGCCUAGUUCGCACUAUCUCCCAAGACUAAUACUGCUACCAUAGAACUUCUUCAAUUGUGAAUGUGUAUAUAUGGUGGAAGGCUAUGCUCAUGGUGUGCUGAGAAACUAGGCUUCUGAGAUAGCCAAGGAGAAACUUCAUGGUUAAGUGGCAUUGCCGCCAGAUGUUCUCCUCCACGAGUUCUGUGUUCUAGAUUUGAGGUGUGAGUAUCAACUAUUUCUGAGGCUGUUUGUCUAAGUGACCCCACAACCACAGCGCAAACACCUACAGAAAUCACCACUGGUUCUCAGUUAAACUGCUGUCAGUUGGGGCAAACAAACUGAACCCAAUUUAAGCUAGGGAGCCAAGAAAGUGGGCCCUGGAUGAUCUGUACUCAGUAGUGCAUGGACAGAAGUGUGCCAACUGGAUGCACCUCUGUUCUCAUCAAAUAUCUUUCCAAUUCUCACUGAAUGGGUUCACAGAGCAGCACUGGGCAGGAUUACACCCAGGAGCCUCUCAGAUCGAUGAGAAUGGACCCACCAAUCUUUACAGUAAUGAACACUGGUAUAUUUAAUUUUUCUGCUGCAAGUUCCUGACUGAGGAGGGAUUAAAUUUGUAACCAUUGUUUAUUGGCUUAAGCAGAAGCUGUGUCUUCUCCAUGACGCUCCCUCCAGGGAAGCUUGGAGAUUGUGGUGAUGGUGGAUACACUGUCCAAUCAACAACCAGGAAGAUUAGGCUGGGUGUCAAAAUUGCUGCUACCUUUUGCUGCUUUAAUAAUGAGCCCCAAUGAGCCGUACAUUGUGCAGAGCAGAAACGGGCCAUUCGGCCCAACUUGUCCAUGCCAACCGGUAUGCCUAUCUACACAAAUCCCAUUUGCUGCAUUUGGCCCAUAUGCUUCUACUCUUUACCUAUCCAAGUACCCUUCCAAAUGCCUUUUAAAAGUUGUGAUUGUAGCUGCCUCUGCCACUUCCUCUGGCAGCUCAUUCUAAAAAAACCAGCAUCCUCUGUGUGGAAAAACUUGCCCCUCAGAUCUCCUUUAAACAUGGUCUUUAUACUUGAGUCAACAGGCAUUAUCCAAUCAGGCAGGCCACAGUCCAGCCAGAUCAGCACAGGAUCAUUCCGAGGAUAUUCUGAAGAAGGGUCUAAGAACUGAAGCAUUAACUAUUUCUCAUUCCACAGAUACUGCCUGAUCUGCUGAGUGUUUCCUGCAUUUUCUGUUAUUAUUUCAGAUUUCCAAUAUCUUUUAUUUCUUUUAUUUUCAUUUUCGUGGGAUACUCUUGCUGGUGCAAAUUCAUUCCAAAGGUGCGAAUGGUUUCUGACAGUAAAAGCACUGGGCAGCACUUGGCCAAAUUUCCAGUUGCGCUGCUGAUGAACAAGGCCCCUCACCAACAGUGAAGAUUUGGAGAAAAAUAGCAAGUCUGAUCAUGUGCAUUUACUUAGUCCAUCCUACUAUCUGGUCAGGUGAUUGUCCCCGUUUCUAAUUCUACCAGGUGUCAUCAUCAUCCUCUCUUAGACAGUAUCAACAACACUUACUCUCAUCGCCUCUCACAUUCAUUCCUUUAUUUCUCUCCUCCCUUUCCUUUCUGAUGAAAGGUCCUCAACCUGAAACGUUAACUUUGUUUCUCUGUCUCCACAGAUGCUGCCUGACCUGCAAAUCUCCAGCGUUUUCUGUUUUUUUAUUUCAGAUUUCCAAAAUCUCCAGGUCUUUUGGUUUUAGCCUAUGAAAUACCAAUUUCACCCACUGAAUUAAUAACUCAUUGUCAGAAAUCUGAGAGUAAAAUCUGAUUCAAUAAGGUGUUAGGCACUGUGCUAAUUGGACAUUGAAUUCUGCACCUUAAUUCCUGAAUGCACUGAACUUUGAAUUUCCCAGCCGUUGCUAUAGUCAGUGAUACUUAAAGGCUUGUUGAUACAUCUGUGCAUUUUCAUAUCCUAGAAUUCAUCUGACUGUUUCCUCCAGGUUUUGGCAAAAGACCAAAAAUAAUUUGGGAAAAUGGUUGUUGGAACUGCCAACCCCUUAGUGAUGGAAGUUCAAAUUCUGAUGUCAUGGAUACCAGAUUCCUGAGGAUGGAAGUUCCAGCAUCUUGCCUCCUGAACAUUUAGGAGGUUUACUGAUACAUUGUCACUAAUGGCGAGCCUCUAUAACUCCAUUUAGUUAUUUGAAAACUUUCCCUUUGUCUUUGUUACGCUGAGAGUCAAAUGAGAUCAGCAUCAUCAAUGACUAGAGCUCUGGAGGUUAAUUCUGCAAUUCCACAUCCCAAAAGUAGUUCCAAUUCAAACUCCUUUAUGAUCAUAGCACAAGUUGCAGAAUUAAUCCUCUGGUUUCUUGCCAUCCCACAACAUUUAAUCCUGGGUUUAGGAUCAAGUAUUUAUUUGAGAAUCAUUUUUCAUUUGAGAACAGGGUUUGAUAUCUCACUUGAUCAAGCGUAGUCCACAAUACCUCAUUUGCCCCAGUACUAAUGUUGGCACUUCGACCAACAUAAUCUCACAUGCUAAUUCAAAGAAAUUACCUGUGAUCUUCAACCUAGAGCAAAAAGUCCAAAAUUGUAACAGAUAAAAUAGAAUCAGAAUAAACAUCCAAGAUGGUUGCAAAAGUUAUAUAAUUUUUAUUACAGUAUAAUUCAUUAAUUGUCACAUGAAUUUUCUUUUUCAUUCAUUUCCCCUACCCUUGAACUUGCAAACAGUCACCCCACAUCAUUCAGUACCAUAUUAAUUACAACAUAUCACACAUGAAUGUCUACAGCUUUGAAGCUGGUAGAUCAUUCUGCAUUGGCUAGUGUUUGAAAGGAUGUAAGAAGCAAAUGGACACCUGCUCUUCUCCUGGGCAUUAGCUUCUCAGUUCAGUUUGCCAUGUUGACUAUGAAGAGGUGCUCUAAAUCAGCUGACUGCCAAGCCCCACAUUUCUGGUUGGUCUGAGAAAUCAGCGAGCAGCAAAACAAUUGCACUAGUCACACGAGCUCAACCCCUGUGGUUUGGUUUUACUCUCCUAAUACUGGUUGAAAGGAUCCUUGGUGUCCAACAAUGGUGAUGUCAUCAAGACAACUGAGAACCAAUCUCACUGAAGAACACCCAUAGUCAAUAAACAAGGACGUUAAAAGCACAAUUUUAAUUAAACAUCCUAAAGAGCACAAAGUAAAGAAUAUAAGGAAAAAGCUGAAAUGCCAUAAUCAAAAUGUUCAAAUAAUUAUUUUAAAAUCCAUGUAAUUUUGAAAUAUUUUUUUGAGGGAAUGUCAACUGAUACAUAAAAAAUAGACUUUUUUAUAGCCAGAAGUGUUAUUAAGCAAAAAGAAAUUACUUAGUAUGCACAUUAAUAAGAGUUAGAAUGCCACCUUGCAACAAAGUACAUCAUGUUCAGAGGGUUUGCUUCACCCAGAAUAAUUCCUAAAUAUCGGAGCUUCUCUAGUAACUGAGGAAUACAAUAGAGAUGGUCACAAAAUGGCAUACAUUGUGGAGGAGCAGGGAAUUACUGACAGCAAGUUCCUAUGUACAAUAUCAGGUGUGUACUCUGGUAUUUUUUUGUUGUCAGGUUUUCUCCAAGAAGAGCAUAGAAAAUUUCACUUAUUUUUAUUGAAAAUUCUGAGCGUAUGGAUCUGCCGUCUCUCCAGCUCAGAAUCCCAUUCAACCAUGGUACCAUAAAUUGAGUGAAGGUGAAGGCGAGAAUACAAUCAGGCUAAUGUAAUUGUUUUUACAUUUGGAUUACAGCAGUUAUGAGAAUAGAAGAUAAAGAGCUUACAAUGUUCCUACUUGAUAUCUGUCCCAUGACACCAAAGUAUUUUAAUAGCUUAGUUCCUCCAACCUGUCCUUCAAGAUACUUUUCCAUUUCCUGCCUCAUUACAUUCUAAACUGCUUCUCCAAUAAUGGAUCUCGGAAACAUACCCGAGAAUUUGCUUCAUAACCCUAGUAGAUUAAUUGAACAACUGACUAGCCAUCUAAAACAAGGAAUGUUAAUGAGACAGAUUAAAAAUAAAUGUGUGUAUAUAUAUAUA